AUGACCAUGUCCAUUUCUGUUGCUCUUCUGAGCGGGAGGGCGGCGGACAUCGAAGUGGAGGAAGGGUCGUCGCUGGAAGAAGUGCAACGGCGGGCGCAGCAGAUGUUGGGCGUCAGGGGCAGGUUGAUGGCAAGCGAUGGAGCUCCUCUGAAGGGUACGGGUACAGUUCUUCAAGCUGGGGUCUCAGACGGCGAUUCUCUUACCUUGUUGGUUCCUUCUCUGCGUAUCCUAGCUGGCUCAUCGUUUGGAUUUGCAGGCGUUCUGAGUGACGACAGUCUGGUGUUUUGGGGGGAGGAGCUGCCUCAAGGAACACCAUGGGGAAGGAAGGUGAAGAACGUGCAGCAGAUAGCUGCCACAAGCGAGGCGUUCACGGCCCUCUUAUGGGAUGGUUCGGUGGUGACAUGGGGUUCUCAAACGUGCGGAGGAGAUAGCUCUGCCGUCAAAGAAGAACUUCGAAAUGUGCAACAUAUCAUCGGUACCAGGUGCGUUUUCGUGGGUCACAACACCGUUUUUUUCUCAAACGAUGGAGCCUUUGCUGCCAUCCUCGGC